AUGAAUGUGUUAGUCUAUAAUGGUCCUGGUACUACUCCAGGUUCUGUGAAACAUACUGUCGAAACACUACGUGAUUUUUUGGAACCUUAUUAUGCAGUUAGUACCGUAUCUGCAAAGGUUUUAGAAUUGGAACCAUGGGUGGGGAAAACAUCUGCUCUUGUGUUCCCUGGAGGUGCUGACUUGCCCUACGUUAAAGAAUGUAAACCGAUAAUACCAAAAAUUAAACAGUUUGUGUAUGGUGGGGGUAUAUUUAUCGGAUUUUGCGCUGGUGGAUAUUUUGGUACAAGUAAAGUGGAAUUUGCACAAGGUGAUCCAAAUAUGGAAGUAACUGGUAGAAGAGAUCUAGCAUUUUUUCCAGGGAUUGGAAGAGGUCCGGCUUUUAAAGGUUUUCAAUAUAAUAGUGAGAUAGGUGCUAAGGCAGCUAAACUAAUCACUUGCUAUGGGGAGGAAGUGUACAACUAUUUCAAUGGUGGGGCAGUUUUUGUUGAUGCUGAUAUUAAAUCUAAUGUGGAAGUAUUGGCUCACUAUGCUCAACAGACAGAUGUACUAUAUGCAGACGUGAAUGAACUUAAUAUUAAACCUGCUGCUGUAGUGUUAUGUAAGGCAGGUGAAGGGAAAAUAUUGCUAACAGGUACUCAUCCAGAAUUUAUUCCUAAAAUAUUAGAAAGAUCUAAGGAUUAUGAGUUAUUGAAACCAACUAUAGCUCUUUUGAAGAAUACAGAUGAGAAGAGGAAAGCUUUUGUCAGAUUUAUAUUAACCAAAACUGGUUUAAAUUGUAAUAAUGAGUUUGGUAAUGUUAGAGCACCAAACUUGACACCAAUAUUUGUUGCCUCACCAAGAAACUAUGAUAAUAUCCUCCAUAUGAAAGAUUUACUGCUUAAAAAUUUUAACUAUUUAGAUUCACAAGAAAAUUAUGUGGAAGGCCAAGAUGGGACAGAUAAAUUCAGAUUUUAUGAAGGUUUCAGUAAGUCGCAUGAUGUAGCUAGUAAGAUUUUACAAGAACAAGAACCAGAAGAUGUGACUAAACCAAUCAUAUUUCCAACUAGGGAAGAAAUUUUACCACCAUCUGAACUGAUUCCAAAUUUUGAUAUGCACAAAUACUUUCAACACUUGAAACCAAGAAAUACACUAGGCUCAAUGCUAAUGUAUGGUGAAGUGGUCACUUCCACAAGUUCUUUGCUAAACAAUAAUAAUGGAUUAUUAUCCUCGAUCCCCGAAAAUUCUACCAUUCAUAUUGGUACAAUUCAAGUGUUAGGUAGAGGAAGAGGGGGUAAUAUAUGGGUUAAUCCUAAAGGUGUCGCAGCUGCAACAGCAGUGGUCAAUUUGCCCCUAGUCUCUCCAACAUCUCAACAAAAAAUUUCUAUUGUAUUUGUUCAAUAUAUUUCAAUGUUAGCAUACUGUAAGGCAAUAACCUCAUAUGGUGAAGGUUAUAGUGAUUUGCCGGUGAGAAUCAAAUGGCCAAAUGAUUUAUACGCAUUAAACCCAAAUUAUUACUAUAAAAACAAAAUGAAAAUCUUGAAUACUGGAUUCGAUCAUUCCUUAGUACCUCUAGUUGAUAUUGAACCUGCGUAUUUAAAAAUUUCAGGUUUACUGGUAAACACUCAUUUUAUUAAUAAUAAAUAUACUCUUUUAUUAGGGUGUGGUUUAAAUAUAAGUAGUGAUGGUCCAACCACAUCAUUGAAUAGCUGGGUUGACAUUUUGAAUGUAGAACGUAAGGAAGCUGGAUUGCCUGCAUUAUCUCAUAUUGAGCCAGAAAUUUUACAAGCUUAUUAUAUGAAUAAUUUGGAAGAAUUAUUAUCAAGAUUUGUGGAUUAUGGUGGAAAAUCUAUUUUGCCAGAAUAUUAUAAAUAUUGGUUACAUUCUAAUCAAAUUGUCACUUUAUCCUCACAUGGUAAUAUAAGAACUAAAAUAUGCGGUAUUACUGAAGAUUAUGGUCUUUUAAUAGCGAAGGAACUAAAUUUUAAUAGUACAAAUGACUAUACAGGUGCAAUUUAUCAUUUGCAACCUGACGGGAAUACUUUUGACAUAUUCAGGGGACUAAUCGCUAAAAAAGUUUUGUGA